CGGCCCCGCCCCGGCCCGCACGCCACAGCGGGCAGGUCGCUCUGGUUCCUCCGGGCGGCCGCUUCCGGUGGGCCCGGGCGUUUCCGCGGCGGCGGCCCAGCUCCCGAAAGCUCCGCAAGGCCAGCGGCGCCAGAUGCAGGCGGAGCGGGGAGCUCGGGGCGGCCGCGGGCGGCGACCUGGGCGCGACCAGGCCGGCGCCGCAGCAGCAGUGGCGAGAGGCGGCGGAGGGGACAGAGGCGGCCGGCGGGGUCGCGGCCGGGGCUUCCGCGGCAACCGCGGAGGUCGGGGCGGAGGAGGCCCGCGCGGCGGUCGCCGGGAGUCGGGGGGCAGGGGCGCCUGGACGAGCGCGCCGGUUGAAGAUGACAGUGAUACAGAGACCUAUAGUGAAGAGAAUGACGAACAGAGAAAUUAUUCUAAAAGAAAAAUCACCUCUAACUGGGAUCGAUAUCAAGAUACUGAAAAAGAGGUCAAUAAUGAAAGUGGAGAAUCACAGAGGGGAACAGAUUUCAGUGUCCUCCUGAGCUCUGCAGGGGACUACUUCUCACAGUUCCGGUUUGCAGAGGAGAAAGAAUGGGAUGGUGAAGCUUCGUGUCCCAAACAGAACUCAGCACUUUAUGUGGAUAGUGUGUCACUGGUCCGAGGCCUUCAAGAACUGCCUCUCUCACUUCGACUCAAUGUGGCUGCCGAGUUGAUCCAGACUGUGGUUCCUUUAGAGCUUCCUCAGGUGAGACCAAAGAGAAACGAUGAUGGCAAGGGACUAGGAAUGCAGUUGAAGGGGCCUCUGGGGCCUGGAGGAAGGGGCCCCAUCUCAGAGCUGAGAUCUUCCACUGCUGGCCACCCUGGGUCCCUGGGCAAAGACAGCCCAAGACCAGGUCCUUCAGGGGCUUCUCAGAAACCUGAUUCCCCACUGCAGUCAGCAGCAGACCAUUUGGAAGAAGAACUAGAUCUGCUGCUUAAUUUAGAUGCGCCUGUAAAAGAGGGAGAUAACGUCUUACCAGGACAGACAUCUCCUGACCUGAAAUCUGAGAAGGAUGACCAGGUGGCACAAGAGGAACAAGUUCCUGCAAAAAAACCAUCUGUGACUGAAGAAAAGAAUGUAGACUCUGAGCAACCAAGUGCAUCUAAAACUGUUACCGAGGAAGAACUAGAAGACUGGCUGGACAGCAUGAUUUCCUAAAAAGAAGAAAAGAAGUGCCUAGAGCAGAUUUUAGUUGCCUUUUCAGUGCAGGCAGGCAUCAGGCUGGCCCUAGAGCCAGCGCCUUUGCCAGUGUGCCCCAGCUGGCGUGCUGCAUUGGGCUCUUGCAUCAGCCUGCCUCUGCCUGACAGCAUCUGGGAUAAUAGCUGUAUGGGCCCGUUUGUGUUUGUUUUCUGGCUUCAUAACCCAGUAGAUUCCCUUCAGGCAGGGUGUCACAGUGAUGUUUCCAUCUUCCUUCCUCUUGAUAUUUACAGCAUAGCAGGUGCUGCGUCCUAGGAGAACACAUACAAGCAACCAGGCAUGCAUUUGUCCAAAAUAAACUUUCUCGGGUCUGUGGAGUUUUGUUUUCCUCAUGUGGAGCCUUAAGCUACUGUCUCAUGUCCCUUUCCCCAGCAGUCAAAGUUGCAGAAUCACCCAGAAGAGGUGCAUUAUAAAAAGGCCAAACCAUGGAUUGGUAUGUAUUAUUUUAUUGCAGUGGGCACUUCAUUUUAUUUGAGAAACUCACCUAAAACAUAGCAGCUCCACUACUUACAAGGGGCCCUAAAGCAUUACUCAAUUUUGGCAUAAGAUUUUUCUGAAUUUUCAGUACAGUACUUUUCUCCUAAUAACAGCAGUUGACAAGCUGUUACUGAAAAAAUUAUGAAUAACCUUCAAGUGCAGUUUCAGAAAGUAAGACUGAACACAACUAUUUAAUGGAACUGUCCUUCUGGAGCACAAACAUAAAAAACUUGCAUAGCUCUAUCUAAAGAGGUUUUAAGGCACUUAAUGUUUCAGUGUCAACAAAGUAUUGGUUUGUUUUCUAUUUCAUUAACUGCUUAAAGCUUUUCAAGCUGAUUCUGGUUACAGUCACUAGCAAGUACCAUGGGAAAAAUUAGACUAGUUAACAUGAUUUUGUGAAGUUCAUUCCAUGAGCCACUGAUGAAUAACUGUUGUAUGACAUUCAGGUGUUUAAAAUUUUAGGCAUUACACAUUUAAGACUUUUCUGGGCCUUUCAAUGCUAGCAUUGCAACCAAUUAGUUACAUUAGAGCUGAAAAACUCCGAAGGCAUCCAAUAAGAUUCCUGCGCCCCCCUCACCUUUUUUUUACUUUGUUCACAACUACAGUUUAUGUCCAUUAGGCACAAAAAGCCAGAUCAACUUCCAAAUAUCACAAAAUUGUUAAAUACUUUCCUGUAAAGGAGACAUCUAGAAAACCUCACAUAUCAAAUGUGCUGUAGAACUGUAAAAGGUGGCUUUUGUUUCACUGGAAGCUGACCAUCCAGGAUUCUUUUGUUCAGGUUUAUCCAAGCUGAUCUUCGUAUUGCUUACGAAAGCAGUCGCCAGCCGGGAAGAAAUCCCAGCACCUUUCUUGGUACAUCUUCCACACAUAAGAUUCCUGAAAUAACGUGAACAAAAGGGACUUUUUACACCACCACAAGCUAAAACCAAGUGUGGUUUCUUUUAGGAAAAUGGAUGCAACUAGGUAUGAGGCCAGCAGGCAGAUCCUUUCUUUUUCUUUUUUUCUUAAAUUCUUUUGUUGGUACAUUUUAGGUAUACAACACAUUUACAUUUCUCAUUGGGAAUUGUACCUUUACAUGAUGCAUCUUGGUUCUUAUUUUUUUCCCCAUUCCUAGCCCUCCACCCCCUCCACCCUUCCCUAUUUACAAAGACUUUAUUUCCAUUCUCAUCAUUUUUCCUUUCCCUUCUUUCCUUUCCCCUGCCCCUUUGGACCUUUUCUUCCUAUUUAGGCACAUCCUUUCUUGCUCUAUUCCCAGCCCCCACCCCUUUGGGAGCGAGAAUUCAUUUUUUCCUCACAGUGUUGUCAGAGAGGAAGAAGAUCCCCCCUCCUGCCAAAGACUGGGAACACAGAAGAAUGGAUGUUGAGGGAAUGAAUGCCUUGUGCUGGCAUGGAGAGGUGAGGCCAGCUGUAGAGACCUCCUGCCUCUCCCUCUACAGAGUGUUGGAGCUGUCAAGGUUUCCUACAGGUCCAGUGUUGAGUAACUGUUCUCUACCUUUGUAUUUCUUUUUCAGACUUAGUCACAGCCUCUUUGACACAUCUCCUCACUCAUCCUCUCUCCAGCACAGCUCCACAUUCCUGUAGGCACCCACACUCCAGGUUGCUGUCUGUCUCAUGCUGUCUUAUUCUGAUUCUCCUGCUCUUUAUACAGCCACCCACUCUAUUUCUUGCUUUUUCUGAUAAUGUUCUUCCUGCUUCCAGCUCUUCUACUCUAAAGCAAUAAGCAGAAUGGCUUAGAAAAUAUGGUGGGAAGAAUUUCCAGGAGGACUGGAAUACCAGAUGCCGAACCUUUUAGAGCUUUCAGUGAUACAAACAGCUGCUACAGCAUGUGUGCCAUAGGUUCACCACCACUAGAAUAGAGCCAAGGUCACCAUGGGAAUCUGGCUGCUGCUUAAUUCACAAAGGUGAUGGGAGAUGCAUGCCAGAGCCUAACUGGGGGGGUCAUUAGCUCAGAUACCCUAUGCACUCAGACUUCAGAAAGGGAAGAUCUAACACACGUGUAUGAUACUGGAUUAAAGGCAUUUUAUUUCUUA